GGUAAUGGAGUUUAUACAUGUGCAUUAUUUUCAUCAUGCUGAUACAUAUACAUGUACAUUUCACACAACAACCCAAAAUCUGUCUAGUUUCACUUUAAAUGACUCAUUGUCUUAAUGAGUAACAUACUUAGUAAAGGACUGGUAUCAUUUUAUAAUUAGCAAAAGUAGUUAAUUUCAUUAACUAAUGACUCAUGUUGCGAACACAAAAUUUUAGAGUACGAGGUUUAAUUAGAUACAUGUGAAUUUUCAUUUUUGCUCAUUAUAUUUACGGGGGGCAGUAUUUUUUGGUCCUUCACUGGUGCAUGAUCUGCAAAUUUAAUAAAACAUUGUAAUUCUGUAAGUCUACAUCAAUCAAUAAUUUCCUUAGUCUCUCUCAGUAGAUUAGACCACUAGAAUGUGUUUGAUCAGAGUGAUCAAUAAUUCUCAUAACAUACAUUUUGUACCUUUAUAGGUAUACAAUUAUUAAUCUUAUACUUCUGUGGGUCUGUUGGGUGUGGAAAUAUCGAUAUAGUGUUCAUUGUUUUCAAGUAAAAGUGAGAAGAUGGUGUUAGCUAGACAAUGUACUGAAAUAGAUAUUACAGGGUAUAUUUAUAUAAUAAAUGGUAAAGUCUCCACCUAAAAGCUAAUAUAUAUUACCAGUACAUCAUAUCACCAUCAUUUCUAGAAUCCCUGCACCCAACUGUUAUCUAGAAUGGAUAUGCAUUAGUGUGGGCUUCCUUAUGUUAAAUAUGUGUUAAAAAAAUAAAGUUUGUGAUCAGAAUGAAAUUGAAGUAACAUCAGGAAAUAGCAGCAUGUUUUCCAUGUUAUCUGUCAAAUUUUAUCAAAUAUAAUUUUGAUGCAAUAUUGAUAUUAUCGGUUCUUUAUUAUGGGCCCCGCCCCUCUUUCAUACAGUGUGAGUUUCAUUAUACUGGUAGGGCAGUUGCACUCUAAGUGGCUCUUCUGUUUGAGGGAAUUUACGUAUAUUUAAGAGGGAGGCAUGUGAUUCAUUUCCGACUUGUGAGCUGUUUCAUGGUUGUCAAGGAAUUUUGUGGUUUGAAAUUUUAAAGUGAGAAAUUUGACCAGGUGUAGUGUUAGAGUGGAAUUAGCCUGACAACUGUGAUGGAUUAAUUAGUGGAGACAGAGGAUUUCUUGAAGUGGAUGUCUACCAUUUAAUUUGGUUAACAUGGAAAAUGAGCUUAAUAAGAGGGACCACACUGGGGUCCAGGACUUUGUUCUUUUGGAGGACUUCAGAGAUCCCACAGCAUUUGUGGAAAAUUUGAGGAAGAGAUUCAGUGCUAAUCUCAUAUAUACGUACAUAGGACCUGUGCUGGUUUCUGUGAAUCCCUAUCAGAAUUUUGACAUUUACAAUGAGGAGUAUGUUCACAUAUAUAGAAAUGUCAACUUUUACGAGCUCCCACCUCACAUAUUUGCCAUUGCUGAUGCAGCCUAUCGAUCCAUGCGAGGAGAUAACCGGAACCAGUGUGUCCUGAUAUCUGGCGAAUCUGGUGCAGGGAAAACCGAGGCUUCCAAGAAAAUAUUACAGUACAUCGCAGCCAGCUCAAAACACAUGAAGGAUGUGGAACAAGUCAAAGACCGUCUGCUUCAGUCAAACCCCAUCCUGGAGGCAUUUGGGAAUGCAAAAACCAACAGAAAUGACAAUUCUAGUAGAUUUGGAAAAUAUAUGGACAUUCAGUUUGAUUUCAAGGGAGUGCCUGUUGGAGGCCAUAUUCUGAACUAUUUACUGGAGAAAUCACGCGUCGUUCACCAUUCAGACGGAGAGCGUAACUUUCACAUAUUCUAUCAGCUGAUCGCUGGAGGAACCCCUUUAUUGCUGAGUAAACUCAAGCUCACCAAAGAUGCUGAAAACUACCAUUAUCUAACACAGGGUAAGAGUGUUCGAGUAGAUGCCCUGAAUGACCACAAAGACUUCAGCCAUGUUAAGCAUGCUUUGGAUGUAUGUGACUUCACAACACAGGAACAAGAGGCAUUAUUUUCAAUUGUGGCAUCAGUUCUUCACCUUGGAAACAUUCAGUUUGAAGAGAAUGAGGAUGGACUGGCAAAUAUUUCAGAUUUUACUCCUGUAGAAAAUAUAUCACAGCUGCUAGGAUGUCCAGAAGGAGUUCUACAGUCAGCUCUACAAAACAAAACCAUUGAAGCUAAAGGAGAAAAGAUGAAAUCUCCAUUGAACAAGGACCAGGCUCUGUAUGCUCGAGAUGCUUUGGCCAAAGGCGUGUAUGACAGGCUGUUCACCUGGAUUGUCAACAAAGUUAACGAUUCAUUAAACAGUAGGAAACGAAUGAAAUGCAGCCUGAUGGGUCUUCUGGACAUUUAUGGUUUUGAAAUAUUUGGUGUCAAUAGCUUUGAACAGUUCUGUAUCAACUACUGCAACGAGAAACUCCAGCAACUGUUUAUCGAGCUGACACUUAAGUCUGAACAAGAGGAAUAUCAGAGGGAAGGCAUUGCGUGGGAGCCAGUGGAAUACUUCAAUAACAAGAUAAUCUGUGAUCUUGUCGAGGGGAAACCUGUAGGAAUGAUAGCAAUCAUGGAUGAAGAAUGCCUACGGCCGGGUGACCCGACAGACAGCACAUUCCUGGAGAAGCUGAACAUUAAUCUAGGUCAGCAUCCUCACUACUUCAGCCACUCCUCCGCCACGGAUACAGCAGCUCGCAGGUCCAUAGGCCGAGAUGAGUUUCGUCUGCUGCAUUUUGCAGGAGAGGUCACUUACAGCAUUCAGGGAUUUUUAGACAAGAACAACGACUCAUUAUUCAGAGAUCUCAAAGAGGCGAUGAGUCAGACGUCUAAUAAAAUCACCAGUAUGUGUUUCCCUGCCUCAGAAUUACAAGACAAGAAGAGACCUAACACAGCAUCAACACAGUUCAAGAAUAGUCUGGCUCAGCUGAUGGAGAUUCUGAUGUCCAAAGAGCCAUCAUAUGUCAGAUGCAUAAAACCCAACGACUACAAGAGAUCGGAUCUGUUUGAUGAUCGCAUCGUUCAUCAUCAAGUGAAGUACCUGGGACUGAUGGAGAACCUGAGGGUUAGAAGAGCGGGGUUCGCCUACAGAAGGCCAUAUGACAUAUUUCUUAACAGGUACAAGAGUCUCUGUCCCGACACCUGGCCACACUAUGAUGGAACUGCAAAGGAGGGUGUAGAGAUGUUGGUCAAUCAUCUACAGUACAGCAAUGAUGACUACAGACUGGGAAAAACGAAGUUGUUCAUCAGAUUUCCCCGUGUUCUUUUUGCCACAGAAGAUGCUUUCCAAAUACGCAAGCAUGACCUGGCCACGAUGGUGCAGGCCCGCUACAGGGGUUUUGCCCAGAAGAAGAAGUACCUCACGAUGAAGUUGGCUGCUAUCAUGUUACAGAGUCAUUGGAGGAAAGUGGCAGCUCAGCGACUUCUAAAGAGGAGGAAGCAGGCCGCCGAGAGGCUCAGAGGAUUCAUCAAGGGAUUCAUUCAUCGUCUGGAGCCAGAAUGUGAUGAGAACAAGCACUUUAUUCAAUACACCAAGUACAACUACCUGAUGAAGCUGAAGGAGACACUUCCAAAGACCGUUCUGGAUAAAACCUGGCCGUCUGCUCCACAAUUAUUGCAGAAGACUUCUCAGCUGUUGAGAAACCUGUGUAUGAGGAAUCUUACUCUCUGUUAUGUGAAAUCCGUAACACCUGCAAGAAAGGCUCAGAUGGAAGAAAAAGUAGUGGCAGAGUCCUUGUUCAAAGGAAAGAAAGAAAACUACCCAGGAAGUGUCAAAGAAAUGUUUGCUGACACUCUGCUAGACAGCACCCAACAAAAUAUGCUGUGUUCCAUAUUUGAUGCUAAGGUUAAACAACAAGAUGAAAAAGUGCAGUAUUCUGCUCCAGUGACAAAGUUUGAUCGCCAUGGCUACAAAUCCAGGAAGAGGGUGCUGGUACUAACGGACAAGCAUCUCUACCUAUUGGAUGAGAAGUCGUAUUUAUUGAAGGAUAAAUUACCUUAUCAGCAAAUUACAGGAGUCCUAUCCAGUAGUCUGAGUGAUGGUUUGUGUGUGAUCACAAUCAAUAUGGAUGACAAUGGCAGCAAGGAAAAUUUAGAUGACACUUUGGACUCGAAGGGAGACCUAAUCUUACACUCGGAUAGGUUAAUAGAAGUGAUAACAAAGACUGUCAUUCAUGGUAACAAAUCUGAGGCAUUUCAGGUCAUUAGUGAAGCAAGCAUAACACAUGGAAUUUCUGGUGGGAAGAAGGGUUAUAUCGAGUUCACUCGGGGUCAGACUUCAGCUGUCAAGAAGGCCAAAAAUGGCAACCUUUGUGUUAUGGUGGCUCAGUGAAUUCCAAUGAAGUCAGCACCUCAAAUGUACCUCAACCACAUUUCAUUUCAAUCCUUCAGUCAUGAUUCGAGUGGACAUUUCAUCAUGUUGACUUUGAGAAUUCUACAAUGGAUCCAGUUCCAAAUCUCCGUUCUCCAUAUUACCAUUUUUAUAAACUUGAAUUUUGGACCCAUUUGUGUCUUUUGGAUUUGUCUAGAAAUCUUCACUCAAGUUUAACAAAGUUAAAAAUAAGUGCACAUCAACACUGCAUUGAAAUAGGUCAAUAAUGCAAACCUUUCAUUUCUAGAGAGCAGUGGUUUUGUUAUGAUUGUCAAGAUAUUGUAGAGACUGAAUCACAUUAUGUUCUUCAUUGUCCUGUGAAUGAACAUUUGAAACAAAAAGUCUACAGAUUACAAUGUCUCUGAUAUCUUAAAGGAACUGAUUCAUGAUUUCCUCCCAAAUUUUGUUUUUCACUUUUAAUUAUCAAAAUCUACUGUUUGAUGUGUUUGAAAGAUUUCACAUGAAAAUUAAGGUUAUACAUCAUCACAGAAGCUCAUUUUAUAGAGUUUAUUUGAUUUGUAAACAAAGAUAAUCAUCGCAGUAUGUUAUUAAGUUUCAAAAGUAUGGAUAUAGAUCUAAUUAAGUUUAUUAUAGUUAUUGCAUUUUAAAUAUCCUUUUAAUUAGGAAAAAUGUGUCAUCUAAAAGUUUGACUGUGCAAAAAUAAGAUGUUUUAUAUUCUGAAAUUAACAUUUCACUGGUUUGUUUGUAUAAAAAGUUUAUAUAACACAAAGUUAAGGCUAAAAUAUUGCUUUUAUUCUUGCAUUCAGAUCAAAAUUUUGGAUGUCAAUAUUAGAUAAGUUAUAUUUUUAUGUUUAACAUAAAAAAUGAACAAUUUUUUUUUUUUAAAUGGUGAACCAAUCCCUUUAAAACUAACCACUUUUGUGUCAGCAAAGGAGGUAUCUUUACUUAAGAAAUAAUUUUUUGUGAAAACUUAAUUAACGUGGCAUUUUUGUGAAAACUUAAUUAACAUGGCAUUUUUGUGAAAACUUAAUUAACAUGGCAUUUUUGUGAAAACUUAAUUAACAUGGCAUAUAAACUGCAACACUUCACACUGCAUGGUCAUACUUUUCAUGAACUGCAUUAUGAUCUGUGACGCUUAACGCAGCCUCGACAUGAAAAGUACACUAAUGUGAAGUGUUGCAGUUCUUCAAAAAUAAAAUAUAUUUCUUAUUUCCACAAUCUACUUUCAUUUAAUCUGUCAGAAUUUCUAGUUGUUAAAACAAAUGUACUGUUUAUCAAUACAUGUAUUCAUACACGCACUGUUAACAACUGCAGUGUGUUCACGAGAAAAUGCCUAUCAAUACAGUCUGUGAAUUAAGAUAUCAAAGGCCAGAACAUUGGAAAUGUAAAUAUAUAUACACAUUGUACAUGCCAGAGAAUUUUUUACUGCUAGAAAUGGGUGCAAAUACCAGUGUUGAUACAUGUGUAUUUUGAUGUACUACAUGUCAGUACACUCUCUUUAACUGUAAUGUAAGUACAUGUGUAUUUUGAUGUACUACAUGUCAGUACACUGUCUUUAACUGUAAUGUAAGUACAUGUGUAUUUUGAUGUACAACAUAUCGGUAGACUCUCUUUAACUGUAAUGUAAAGUACAUGUAUAUCUGAUACACUUGUGAUUGUAUACAUGUAUGUAUGUGUUAUAGUUAACGUGUACUGUGCUCAGUUGCCAAUAAAAUGAUUUGAAUUUUUUGUCAAUAAGAAUCAUGCAUUAUAAUUCAUAGAAAAACAUGAUGCACCUCACAUAGAUCGGUUUACACAUUGUGUUCAUUCAUAAAAGUUGUACUGUGAAGUACAUAAGUAUAUAUUAUUUCAUAUUAUCAACCUUCAUGUAUACUGUACAAUAAUUGCAUGACCAUUUUAAAUGUCUCUUUGCCUUACUAUGUUACAUAUCCAAUGUAUUUAUCUCCCUUGACCUGUGGUAUUGUGCAGUUUAAGCAGUCAAAUAUUUCUGUUGUCAGAUGAGUAUACAGUACUUUGCUAGUUUAAGCAACUGGGGAUAUAGGAUGGUGUGCUUUAUUAUUGUACAACAUUAUUGCACUUGUUAUUUCAAAUUGAAGCUUUGUUUACAUCUAUUCAUAUACAUGUACGAUAUUGUGCCUAUUGCUAAAAUUGUGAUCUGUUGCGAGAAUCCAUACAUUUUUGCUGGUUUGCAAAUUCUCCAUAUACAGUUAUCGUUGUUAUUUGUUUAAUUAUUGUAUGAACACAUUAAAUGUUUAUUUUCUCCAAAA